AUGGUAGACUCCACUGUCGGUUGUGAGAGGAUCUGCAUGUUGGAUGCUUAUCAGGGGUAUCAUCAGAUCCCCUUAGCAGUGGGGGACCAAGAAAAGGUUAGCUUCAUUACGGCGACCGGUACCUUCUAUUAUACUGUCAUGCCCUUUGGUCUCAGAAAUGCAAGAGCCAUAUAUCAAAGGAUGAUGGAUAGGAUCUUCCGGGAGAAGAUCGGACGUAAUGUGGAGGUUUAUGUGGAUGAUAUACUCAUUAAGUCCCCUUUAGCAGUGAAUCUGAUCAUGGAUGUCGAGGAAAUAGCUAAAGGAGGAAAGUUCUUGGGUUAUCUAGUGACCGAGCGAGGAAUAGAAGCUAAUCUAGAAAAGGUUCGGGCACUACGAGAUAUGCAAAUUCCUCAGAAUCUAAAGGAAACACAAAAGUUGACUAACUCUGAGAAAACUUGGAAAAUCUACGUGGAUGGUUCAGCAACUCACAAAGGAAGUGGGGUCGGGAUUCUCUUGAUAUCUCCUCAAGGGGACAUAUUGCAGUUGGCUGUUCAGCUUAAUUUCAGAGCCACUAACAAUGAGGCAGAGUAUGAGGCUUUGUUGGCAGGGUUGCAGGCAGCUUGGCACAUAGGGGCUGCCCGAGUCAUCAUUUACUCGGAUUCUCAAUUAGUAACCCAACAAGUGGUUGGCAACUUUGAGGUAACUUGUAAUAAGUUACAAAUAUAUCGAGAAGCAUAUGAGAAGAUGAAGGACGAAUUUGUGGAAGUUACAGUGACUAAGAUCCCCAGGGCAGAGAACGAGAAAGAGGAUGAGCUAGCAAAGAUGGGCAGUUCCUUAACUACUUGGGUAUUGGACAGAUCAAUGGCACAAACCUUCCUUAUAGCUCAGAUAGAUUUGCAGAAUAAUAGGGAAGCAACCAUUGAUUGGCGGGCACCCCUGAUCAGUUAUCUUCUGCAGGGUACCUUAUCGGCUGACCCAGAGGAAUCACGGCUGGUCAGGAAACAAGCUCAUGCCUAUGUCAUGAUAGGGGAUCAACUAUACAAGAGUCAUGUGGGAGGUCGGACAUUAGCUCGUAGGGUGCUCCUGGCCGGAUAUUUCUGGCCUACUUUACAGAGGGAUGCUCAAAAAUUGGUGAACACCUGCCUGUCCUGCCAAAAACAUCAGAAUCUGAUGCACCGACCAACUGCGCUGCUAAGAACAUCUAUAGUCUCGUGUCCCUUUGAUCAGUGGAGCAUGGAUAUUGUAGGACCAUUUCCAAUAGCUCCAGGCCAGAAGCGUUUCUUAUUGGUAGCGGUGGAUUAUUUCUCCAAGUGGGUGGAAGCAGAGGCCCUGGUCAGGAUCACAGAAGGUGCUAUCAUCCAGUUUCUAUGGAAGAAUAUUCUUUGCAGGUUCGACAUACCGCACAAAUUGGUAUCAGAUAAUGGGAGGCAAUUUCAAGGGCAAAAAAUCCAGGCCUGGUGUAAGGGGUUCGGUCUGACACCAUUCCAUCUAAUUUAUGGCAACGAAGCGGUGGUACCUAUAGAGAUUGGAGUGUCGUCGGUUAGGAAGAUGUUAUACGAUGAAGGAAAUGCAGAGCGGCGAUUGGCUGAGCUGGAUCUCAUCAGUGAAAUUCAUGAGAGGACAGCAGCAAGACUGGAGGCCUACAGACAAAGAAUGAGGCAGAAUUAUAACAGAAGAGUAAUCCCACGGUUCUUCGGGGAAGGAGACCUGGUCUGGAAGCAAGUGAAACCCAUGAAAGAUGUGGUCAAGAUAGCACCACAGUGGGAUGGGCCUUACAAAGUCAUCAAGAAAUUGUUGUCAGAGGCUUAUUAUUUACAAGAUAAUCAGGGCACGAAGUUAGACUGGCCUUGGAGUGCUAACUACCUACGACCUUACCAAGUUUAG